AUGGCUAGAAGGCACACACUCAGGUACGCACACACAAAUCUCCUUUAUGUGUCCACAGAGUCUGAGCAACCAGAGAAGAGACCUUUAAGAGCUGCAGCAGUGUGUCUGGGGCUGUUGAGCGUUCUACUACUGUCUGGGAUCAUAGGACUGUACCUCUACUAUGACAGAGUAUAUAACAACUUGACUGAGGACAGGGACCAGUUACAGACUAGUUACAACAAUCUGAUUGAGGAGAGAGACCAGUUACAGACCAGUUACAACAAUCUGACUGAGGAGAGGGACCAGUUACAGACCAGUUACAACAAUCUGACUGAGGAGAGGGACCAGUUACAGACCAGUUACAACAAUCUGACUGAGGAGAGAGACCAGUUACAGACCAGUUACAACAAUCUGACUGAGGAGAGAGACCAGUUACAGACCAGUUACAACAAUCUGACUGAGGAGAGGGACCCGUUACAAACCAGUUACAACAAUCUGACUGAGGAGAGAGACCAGUUACAAACCAGUUACAACAAUCUGACUGAGGAGAGGGUCCAGUUACAGACCAGUUACAACAAUCUGACUGAGGAGAGAGACCAGUUACCGAGGGAGAGAGACAUGUUGGUUUGGAGAGCUGAGAGAAGCGGCUGUCCUGUUGGGUGGAGGAUGUUUGACUGCAGCUGUUACUUCCUCUCCAUCGUGUCUAAAACCUGGGAGGAGAGCAGACAGGACUGUCUGAAUAGAGGAGGAGACCUGGUGAUCAUCCAAAGCAGAGAGGAACAGGACUACAUAAAAACGUUUAAGGUGAUGUCCUGGAUUGGUCUGACUGAUGAAGCUAGAGAGGGUCUCUGGAUGUGGGUGGACAACACACAGCUAACUACAGCAGAGUACUGGCAUCCUGAUGAACCGAAUGGUGGAAGAGAGGAGAACUGUGGAAUGAUUCAGAUGAAUUAUGAUGCCUGGAUUGACACCUCGUGCUCUGCAGCGCUCCCCUGGAUAUGUGAGAAAUAUGCAUAUUGUUAGGUUCUAAAAGAACCUAGUAAAAGUCACGACGAUUAGGUAAACUUUAACCAAGUUUAUUCACCCAUUGGGUCAUACAAUUGCAUAAGACAAAGACAUGGUUCCAUCAAUGGUAGUAUAUAUACACCCCAAUUUGGCUGACGUCCUCCUCUCUAAACGUAACUUCCUGCCUAGCAAAAAAUAUGUAAAGUGAUGAGGGUAAUAAACUAUUACUUCUCCUUUAACAUGACCUGACCACUAAUCCACAGCUCGCCACCAUUACCAGUCACUGCAGUCAUGUAAUAUCCUCUACUCAGGACCUCCCAAAUCCCCCUGGCUCCUAUCCAACCUUCAUUGACCCAACCAUAUACCUUCCUCCUACAGAUCCACCUUAACUCCUGGUGUAGAAACCAGAUUAUGGCACUCCUCAUGUCUCUAGCAUAACUGAUGAUUAACAAUAUUUAAAGUUUAGAAAUCCGAACCCGUCAAUCCUGUUCUUUUGUGUAAACAGCUGUCGUAUCUGUUCCGUCCGCUAGGGACGUUUUCCUUUAUCAUAUCAUUUGUAGUCAAGGUAUGAU